CGGAAGCAGUUUAGCCCGUUCGGGCAAUCCUUGGGAUUCGGUCUGGGACGCGUGAAAUAUGAUCAACAAUUGUUGGUAAAAUCGUGAGGAGCCAUGAGUUUGGACGGGAGCGACAACGACUCGGAGGUGGAGCGGAUCUGCAGAGAACGCCCACCCAGCAGUUAUGGUUCUAUGCAGAGUGAGGACCAUGAUGAAGAGUUCGAUGACCCUCCAGAAUCCACACUCAGGGUCAUAACUGAACCACCUGUCUCCACCACCAGAAAUGGAUUACAUCGGUCGGACUCUCCACAGACUGAGUUCACAGAACGGACUCAAGGCCAGUCUGUUGUCAUUCCCAAGGAAGGAGCUUUUCUCAACGAACAGAGGGGAAGAGAGCUAGUAGUUGAGGAAGAGGAAGAAAAUGGUGAAGAGGAGAUGGAGGAGGAGCAGAUGGAGGAGGAGCAGAUGGAGGAGGAGCAGGGUGUUGUUGAAGAGCCAGUGGAUGUGCAGCCACCACCAGAAGGAGUUGGUCUGCAGUCAGGAGUCCUGCACCUGGAACUCAGACUGCCAUACAUAUUCAAGUCGAUGCAGAAGAUUCUGUCUCAGCUAAACUGGGGGGAGAUGAACAUGUUCAAAAGGAAUCUGUGCAGUCGUCACAAAAACCAGUUUGUGUUUUCGGACCUGGAGGAGAGCGAUGUUCUGGAUGUGGUGGAUAAACUUUUGGAACGCUGUGAGAAAGGAGAAGCUGUCCAAAUGGCCACGAGAACACUACAAAACAUCAACAAACAGGAGUUAGCAGCAGAACUGGAGAAAACAUGCAGGCGAGCUCUGAUUCAAUAUGAGCUGAGACUCAGCCAUAAGCGACGAUACUAUUGCAUCUAUGAGGGGGUCGCUCGUGCUGGCCAGCAGAUCUUCAUCAAUUACAUUUAUGUCGAGCCACUCAUUUCCAUUGGAGGAGACCGGGUUGUAAAUAUGGACCACGAAGUCCGACGGGCUCCUCCCAGUAACCAUGGAACCUUCAUUCGACCCAAUGACAUUUUCAGACCCUUGUUGCCGGAUGCUAAAAGCGUCCGGACCGUCCUGAUGACUGGGCCUCCAGCCAUCGGCAACUCAGUGGCUGUUCAGAAGUUCAUUGUGGACUGGACUGACAAUGUGGCGAACCAGGACUUCCAGUUUGUUUUUCCAUUGCCAGGGCGGGAGCUGAAUUUGGUGUGUCACACAGACCAGAGUUUGUUGGAUAUUCUCACAACAUUCUAUACAGAAACACGGGACAUGGACUUUCUCCAGGAACCAGACUGCUCGUGCCUCUUCAUCAUCGAUGGUUUUGAAAUGUGCAACCAUCCGCUGGACUUUCAGAACAAUCCGAAAAUCUCAGACAUUAAAACUCCGGGCAAGAUGGACGCCCUGCUGACCAGCUUGCUCUCGGGAACGUUACUGCCACACGCCAAAAUCUGGGUCACGGGACAUCGCUUCGCUUGCCGAAAAAUUCUGCCCAAGUAUGUGGAUCGUCUAGUGGAGCUGAGAGGCUUUACUGAUGAACAGAAGGAUGAAUAUUUCACCAAACGGGCCAAAGACCUGGAGGUGGGGGCUCGGGUUCUUGCCCAUGUCAAACGUUCCAGAACCCUCUACCUGAUGUGCCAUAUGCCCCUGUUCUGCUGGAUUGUGGCGUAUGUUUAUGAACGGGCUUUUCGAGACCCAGAAUACGGUCAGGAUCCUCCCAACGCCACCAACUUCUACACCCAGUACGUCAUCGUCCAAACCAACCGCAGGAUUGAGCGCUUCGUCGGAACGGGUCUUGAGGCACAGCGCUGGAGGGACCAUGACAAGGAAUUCCUUCGGAAUCUUGGGAAGUUAGCUCUGAGGCUUCUGGAAUCGGAGAGGGAGGACAUCCAGGAGAAGGAGCUGACAGACAUGGGCUUUGACCUGCAGCAAGUGGCGAGCCGCUGCGGUCUGCUGACCGAGGUCGUGGAAAGACCUGACGGUGAUGCCAGAAAACGAACGUUCCGCUUCAUCCACUUCACGCUGCAGGAGUACAUGGCAGCGCUGUACGUGUACCUGAGGUUCCGGAUCGAUGGGAAGAACGUGUUUGAGCAGCCAAUCAAGACGACCAUGGCCAAACUGCUGAAGGACAGGCCCAUGAUUGACUUGUAUCGGCCGGUGGUGGACCGGGCUUUGGCCAGCAGGACCGGACAUCUGGACCUGUUUCUGCGGUUCCUUUUUGGCCUGGUGUGUCAUGGCACAGAAGACCACCUCAGGGGCCUCCUGAUGCCACAGUACCCGCCGGCCCCACGUGGGAUGGACGAGGUGGAGAAAUUCGUGAAUAAAAAGAUCAGAGAGAAUGCGUCGCCGGAGAGGUGCAGAAACCUGCAGCUGUGUUUGGAUGAACUGAGGGAGGGUAGAAAGAAGGACUGAAGCUUAUGAGUGAGAAUCAAAUGUCUCUGGAGUGUCUGUGUGUUAUAUCCAAAGCAAUUACUAUUUAGAGUGCAAUUAGUCUGUACUAAAUGUUUGCCUCACAGUUUACAAAUACAGCUGUUGAAAGAAGUGUUUAACAGAAAUGAUGAAUGAAAUUUUCCAUUACAUGUUGUCUCAGCCCAUUAGUCAGAGAUUUAGCCAAAGUCAGGCCAUGCAGACUGUCUGGAAGGAGAAGCCAAAGUCAGGCCAUGCAGACUUUCUGGAAGGAGAAGCCAAAGUCAGGCCAUGCAGACUAUCUGGAAGGAGAAGCCAAAGUCAGGCCAUGCAGACUAUCUGGAAGGAGAAGCCAAAGUCAGGCCAUGCAGACUUUCUGGAAGGAGAAGCCAAAGUCAGGCCAUGCAGACUUUCUGGAAGGAGAAGCCAAAGUGAGGCCAUGCAGACUUUCUGGAAGGAGGUUUGUCCACGUAAGGGGCUCUGUGGUCCAGGGCUCUGUGGUCCAGGGCUCUGUGUCGUCUGGUUCUGAGGAUGUCAGCUCUCUGGGACUAUUGGUGCUGAGUACAUUUUUCAAACUCAGCCUCUCUCACACACUCACACACAGACACACACACAUAAACACACACACACAUA